GUUCACCUGCGUCACGAGCGCACGCCCCUCCUUGUAGGGUUUAUUGUAGACGCUCCUCGCACCUGAGAUGUCCGAAGCCAGCGCUGCAGAGUUUCUGUAUCCCUCGACUCCAGCACCUUCUCAGAGCAUGUUCUCAUCUUUCCCCGGCUCAUCAGGCGUCAGUCCGUCUCUCUAAAUCAUGUAGUAAAAUAUUUAGGAAGCAAAAGGGGUCGACAUCCGGCUGGCCUACCCUUGGCGAGAGAGAGCACAUAUCAGAGACGGCGUGUGCCAGGAUGAGGAGAGACGGCGGUGGGACGCUGCUCCUGUUGCUUCUCGCUGCAGCUGUGGAUUGCAGCAGUGAGUCUCCACCAGGGAAACCAGUCCUCCUCAGCUGCAGGUCCCCUGAGAAGGAGACGUUCACCUGCUGGUGGGAGCCAGGCUCUGACGGCGGGCUGCCAACCACACACCGCCUCUACUACCAGAGAGAAGAUUUGAAUGGAACGAACGAAUGUCCAGAUUACCGGACGGCAGGGAGCAACUCCUGCUUUUUCGGUAAGCACCACACCUCCAUCUGGGUCAACUACAUCCUGACUGUGGUGGCCUCCAACGCCUUGGGGAACACCACCUCCGACCCUCUGGAGUUUGAUGUCAUGUAUAUCGUGCAGCCCUAUGCUCCUGAAAACGUCAUGGUGCUCGUGGAGAACCGAGGGGAAAGUCCACAUCUCCUGGUGAAAUGGGAGCCCCCUCAUGACACAGACACCCAGUCCGGCUGGAUCACCCUUACCUACCAGCUGCACGUCAAACGAGAGAACGACAACCAGUGGGAGGAGUAUACAUCAGGAAAACAGACCCAUUUCAGCAUCUUCAGCCUCCAUCCAGGUGAGGUGUACAUGGUGCAGGUGCGCUGUAAACUUGACCACGGCCACUGGAGCGAGUGGAGCAGCAUCAGCUAUGCGAAAGUCCCAAACUAUUAUCAGAGGGAAAGACCCUUUUGGAUUUUGGUCUCCAUCUUCUCUGCAUUGACCCUGAUUGCAGUGAUGUUCAUCUUCAUCACAAAGAGGAAACAUGUGAAACAGUGUCUUCUGCCCCCAGUUCCUGGUCCAAAGAUUCGAGGAUUUGACAUUCAAAUUCUCAAGAAUGGACACCCUGAAGACACUGUAAGUGCCCUGAUCAUCAACCAGGGCUUUCCUCCUAUGGUGGCCUGGAAGGACCAGAUGGAGGAUUACCUGGUCGUGUUCGACAGCGACGACGGCCCACUGCCAGAUUCUCCAAGGACUCAAAAAAGGAGGGAAAGCUCGAUUAUUCCCAAUGGCUUCCAACUACACCCUGAGGGCUAUUGUAAGGAGCCAAUGAUUAACCACAGUGAUGGAGAGAAGGCUGGGAAAAGAAAGGAGGGACAUGCCGUUAAAAAAGGCUAUACCUCUUCAUCUGGGGUGCUUCUAUCCAAUGGGGAACUACCACAAUCAGCCACUCAGAGGCAGCCAUGCUCAAAUUUGAACUUUGCCAGCGAAUACUACACACACAUAACAGUCGAGAGCCCAUCACACCAUGAUGGCAGACCCAGUGCUGACUGCACCGCUGAGAACAUUGUCACCGGCGGUUAUGUGGACGCGAAGAGGCAAGAAGUGGACGAGAGGCAGGAGGACUACAGCAGGGUCGGCGGCGUCAACAGUGACAAUCUGCUCUUCCUCCACAAAGAAACGGCUCCUCUCAACACGUCCUGCAAAGACAAGAACACUCAACUGGACUGCACCGAUCAGAGGUCAAGAGAGCCUCACGUGACUGCCGCAACCAAAGUGCAAGUGUGCACAAAACUCAUAGAUAAUGGAUAUGUGGAAUCCGUCCCCUCGGCGCCAACAAUGUGAAUUGUGUUACAUAAUUAUCGUCCCAGGGGGGAAUGUCAGAUGUCACCGAUUUAUUUUGCCACUUCACUGACUAGAUAAUAACUCUACUUGAGGAUAAUGAAAUGAGUGAGUUCAUGGUUUGCCUGGUGGUCUGUUGUUGUUUGCCUGAGGCUGAGGUAAAUUCAGCUGAGGUAUUUGGAAAGGUAGAAAGUCAAUAAAAGUGACAGCAAUGCUAUUUUGAUAGCCAGCAGAUAGCUACUGAUAACUCCUACUGCACUACAUUUGUGGCAAAAAAAAAAAUCCUCUCAACUUAAAGGCACUACAUUCUCAUUAAUAUUUAACUGGGAAUGAGUUGGGAUGAAUCAUUCAGAAAGUAUUCAGACCCCCUUCACUUUUUCAGUUUUCAGUUCACUAUUUAGGUUUUUCCUUUUUAAUAAUUUUACAAAAUUUUCUACAAUUUUAUUUUCACCUUGUCAUUGUAGGGUACUGAGUAUAGAUUAAUGAGAACAAAAAUGAAUUUAAAUGAUUGUAGCAUCAGGCUGCAGCUUAACAAAAGUGAAAAAAGUGAUAUGCUGGUUAAUGCUGUAUUUUUGUUCAACCCCUUAAAUUAAAGCUGAAAGUUUCUACUUCAGUCAUGUCUUGA